AUGCUGUUCGAUCUAGGACCCUUCCUGCGCGCUGCGAGAUCCUUCCUCUCACUCCUCUCCAUUCCGAGGGCGCUUUACACCAAAUGCCUUAAAAUACUUCAUCGUCCAAGUAACACAGAGAUUGAUUCGAUAUCAUUUGAAGCAUUACAAUUCCUUGCUGCCGGGAAAUCAGGAAUCGUCUAUGGGGUCGAUGACAAGAGAGUCUUAAAAGAAUAUCAAGAGAGCGACAGAGGCGAAGUUGAACGUCGAGCAUAUCACCGUCUCGGCUCGCAUCCUAACAUUGCAAAAUUGCUGGGCACCCGGAAAGAUGGUUCCAUUGUUCUCGAACGAGGCGAAGUCCUUCGGACAAUCUGUCGAUCUCCCUCCGCAACUGAGAUUCCGAUCCAGACGAAAUUGAGCUGGCUGAGGCAAGCUGCAGAAGGUUACCAGCAUUCACAUAACUGUAAUAUUGUUCACGGUGAUGUCGGAUGUAAGAAUAUGAUUCUAACAAGAGAAGGUUGCCUAAAGAUAGUCGACUUUGAAGGCUGCAGCAUCGAUGGUGAACCAGCAGAUUCCUGUUACGAAUGGUUCAGUUAUCGACCAUCAAUACCCAGGGUGAAUCGGCGCACGGACAUUUUUGCAUUUGGUUGUGCAAUCUACGAAGUAAUAACUGGAAGACCACCACACCAUGAGCUCGAGGCAUCAAACGACCGAUAUCAGCAGGUUGAACAGCUAUACACAAACAAUCGUUUUCCCGACGUCACAUCUCUUCCUCUGGGUCAGUUAAUCCAGAGCUGCUGGGAUGGCGACUUCACCUCUAUGAGUGAGGUUCUUCGAGAGCUAGAAACGUUUCAAGCCCAUCCCAUACUCGUGAAAUGGAACGAGGUGUCAUGA